GUUUUUCUUUGCAUACUCCCCAUAGAUAUUGAGUUUCUCUGCGACAGUCUUCCCCCUCUGUCCAACUACUCCCCCUUAUCCUUCUUCCACCCACAGGCUCUCUUUUUUUCCUUACGCUUCCCUCUUUCUUAUACAUCACCCUCCUCUGCCACACACAGUCUGUCCACACAGGGCACGGUGCUUCGUAGAGACAGCGGAACAAACUACUGGGUAGUGAUUAUGGAGAAGAAAGUGAGACAAUGGCAUCCAGUGGGGCUCCUCUUUGCUGCAGCAUACUGCUCUGUGAUCUCAUCUGUAAGCGGAUGCAACAAAGCUCUCUGUGCAAGUGACGUCAGCAAGUGUCUGCUGCAGGAGCUCUGCCAGUGCAACAUUAAAGGAGAGGAUUGUCCCUGCUGUCCGGAUUGCAUGCUGUGUCUGGGCAGUCUGUGGGAGCAGUGCUGCAGCUGUGUGGGUUUGUGCAGUGAAAAUAAAGGCAGUCGGAAGCAAGCAGCCCGGAGAAGUUCACUAGAGGUAUUGCCUGUUCCAUUGCCAUCUCUAUUCCAAUCCUUAUGUGAAUUGCAAGGAGAUGCCGCUGUUGAUUGGAGUGUUCACACAUUGCCUGUCGCUAAAGAGAUCAGUCAGCAAUCUCACAUGGAUCAUAUCCUGCUUGGUGCACAUUCAGCUCUCCCUGCUCCAUCGUCAGUGAACGUGUCCAGUGUUUGCACAGUGAUGUAUUUUAAGUCCUGUAUGCCCAUGCGACGCUGUCAUGAAACCUGUGAAGUUACUGGAUCCUCUAGGUAUCGCUGGUUCCACAAUGGCUGCUGUCAGUGUGUGGGACCAGACUGCUAUGGAUAUGGUGCAAAGGAUCAGCUAUGCCAACAGUGUCACCCUAAGGGGAUGCUGCCAGCUGGGGAAGCCGAUGCAGCAUAGUACUGGAAAGGGCAGCAACAGGGAGAGGGAGAUAACAGGACAUGUGAGAUGAGAUGAAGUGAGCUACUGGUCUGCUAUAGGUGCAUCACUUCCCCAAGUGAAUUUAAUUUCAAGCUCUGAACGUAGAAGGCUUAUUUGUGGCCCGGUAUAAAAUUCUACUUUAGAAUGUGUACAUAAUAUAUAAUAUGUGCAUUAUAAACUGCAGGCCCACUAUAAACUGCAGGCCCACUUCAGUGUUUGGAACUGUCCCCAAAACAUCAACCUGCAUCAAGCUUUUUGAGGCUUCACCUGACAAUGUAUAUGGUGGGUAAGUGAGCUGUCCCUUCAAAGUACAACUUACAAACACUUUAUGAGCAUUGUAUUAAUUUAAAUGUGUGUUAUUAUCUUAAUAGUAUACUUGGGUCAGCUCUAUCUGGGUGAAAUGUAUCAAUCCUUACAAACACUGAAGAAGAAGGCAAGCGGAGGUCACCCAUAGCAACAAAUCACCUUCUACCUAUCAUUUUAUAGAAUGCGCUUAAAAAAUGCUAGCUUGAAUAUUGGUUGCUAUUGGCAAAUUCUCCAUUUGUCCAUUUCUUGACUGUUUACAAGGUUUGAUAAACCUCCCCCAUUUUAUGUCUUAAAUUAAUCAUGAGAGUGAGGGGACAUCCAGACAGUCUUUACUAUUAUUCACGUGUGUGUGUUUAAAUGCUUGAAAUGAACAAUGAAAUUGGUUUUUCUAGUGUAACUUGAACGUACAAAAUCUAUUUUGUUAAAACAAUAGGAAGAGACACAACCUCUGCUUUCUGAUAUGUGAUGGGAAAAGCAAGUGCUUUUGUAGGGAGAGAAGCAGCUCCUGCAAGGCAUGGAACACUUUCUCUGAAUACACACUCUCUCCGCCUAUACUGUAUAUAACCUAUUCUUGUCCUGCAAAAUAAUAAAGGGCUAAAUGUAAUAGCCUCCGAGUUGCCGGAGGCGCGGGACUUUCUGCAUAAAGGUUGGUUUCGCCUUGUAAAUGAUUACAGCUUUACAAACCGGGCACACUUGCAGUAAGUCCCGCACCUCCGGCAGCUCGGAGGCUAUUACAUUUAGCCCCCAAACGUCUUCUGGCAUGUGGAUGUAAAAGUGAGUGCACUCAAGAUCCUAAUCUGUCCACUACUUUUGCAGCCCAGAGACGCUGCUAUAUAGUCCUGCAAGUCCAUGUGCUCUCUGAUAGAACCAGGUGCAAAAAACAUAAGCACUACUUACUCUUUUGUAAGUGAAUCUUAUUUUCAUUUUUUUAAAAACACAUAACUGCAUGUUUUAGAGGAUAAUAAAACAUUAGUUGUAGGGCAAUAAGAGCCACGGCCAGAUUGACAACUCCAAGACACAGCUGGUGGGUUUAGCAUAGUGUUACAAUGUAUCUGUAAAAUUAGCCUCCUAGCAUAUUGACUGGAGGACCAAAUAAGUUGACACAGGGGUCUAUUCAUGAAGUAGUGAAAAGAAUGGAGAAGUGAACCAGUGGAGAAGUUGCCCAGUUGCUCUGUACAAUUUUAAAGUAUGCAAGUUAUAAAUGUUAUGUCAGUGCUGAUUGGUUGCCAUGGGCAACUUCUCCACUGGCUCACUUCUCCACACUUUUCACUGCUUCAUGAAUAGACCCUAGAUACAAAAUUAAUGAAUAGCGUUAAGAAAGAUACUUAUAAUAAAUGGGCAUUUUACGCAAGAGUCCAUGUUAUUUACUGGACCUACAUUAUCUUAAAAUUUCAAUGACAGAGAAGUAAAAAGAAAAAGGCCAACAUCAACCUUAACAUACUUAUGCUAUUAGUGGGAUGCAGUCAGGAUCUUGGCCGGAAUACGACCCUAUUCUAAAUGCCGACACUGGCAUCCAGAAUGGGUACACCACCCCCACGCAGGAAUACUGAUAACCGGGAUCCCGAAUGAGGACACACCGCGCCGCAAGUCAGGUAAGAGGUGGGUGUGGGGGAGAGUUUAGGUUUAGGCUGUG